AAUUACCCUUGUUUUUUAAAUCAUUAGUGAUCCAUUUAUUACUGGGAGUCGUGUGGUGGUCUUUGUUAGUAACUGUUGACAAAUAAUCACCAUAUUAAUUAAAAAUAAGUUUCCAAGUCACUCCAUCAAUCACUACUAUCAUGUAUAUCAUAAAUAUUCGAUUGUUUAUCUCGAUAUAUUAUAUAUAGUAAAGUAUUAAAACAUUAUCAAUUAUCUUACCACCCUGAUACCACCUACCGGUGUCAUGAAAAUCAAAAUUAAUAGUUUCCGUCUUUAUUACUGUUCUCGCUGCCGUGUUAUCGUAUUUGUAAAAUGUUAUUUUUAUUUUUGAUAAGUUUGGUGCCUCUAGCGGUUGCUAAAAAUGAAUUGUACAUGGGGUACAAAGUUUACAAUGUUAAACUCACGUCACAACUGCAGCAUGAAAAUUUACACCUGUUAAAGGAAGACAUAAUAGACUACUGGAUAAAGCCGAACUUUAAGUAUGGCGUCACAGGUUUAGCCAUGGUACCUCCCUCACAUUUCAGGUGGUUUGAAGAAAGGCUUGAUGAGCUGAAAGUUGACAAGACAAUUGCUAUUGAUGAUGUAUAUGAAUACUUAUCUGCCAAGGAAUCAAAGGUCAUAAAAGAGGCACCAAGCAACGCUUUCAAUAACGAAGACCCUAAUGAAACAUACGUAUCUGAUGACCAGGGAGAUUAUAACAGAACCGGGGAAAAGAACUUCACUGACGAAGACGAGAAUGGCGGAAAUGAAACCGAAGAAACUAACGUGACUGAUGAAGACGAAGACGGUGGAGAUGAAACUGAAGAAACUAAUGUUACGGAUGAAGAUGAGGACGGUAGAGAUGAAACUGAAGAGAUUGAUGUAACCGAGGAAAGUGAAGAGGAUGACAUCACUUUUAGCUUUGACGAUUAUUAUCGAUACAACACAAUACUGGACUAUAUAUACAAAAUACGAGAUGCGUAUGUAGAUUCUCAAACUACUUCUGUUGGAGUUGUAGAAUUCGGUUCAACUGAUCUUAAUAGACCUUUGGUAUAUCUAAAAUUAACUAGAACCGGUGGCGAAGAAAACAAGCACAUUAUUGUAAUCGAGGGAGGAAUAAACCCCAGGGAAUGGAUCACUAUUCCUUCUGCAUUAAAAAUUGUAGAAGAAGUAUUAGAAAGUAACCAGGCGAGAUAUUUAGAUAAUUUUGAUUGGAUUGUUGUACCUGUGGUAAAUCCUGAUGGAUAUGAAUACACGCAUACAGAUCUUCGUCUCUGGGAAAAGAACCUCAGCACGAAAAGCAAUUUGGGUUUCAUCUGUCCUGGCGUCAAUAUCAACAGAAAUUUCAACAUCGACUGGUCUAGAGCUGAUUCUAGUUCCAGUGCUUGUAGCCACCUUUAUGCCGGUACUGAAGCAAACUCUGAAAUUGAAACCCAAUUAAUUCAAAGUAUCAUAGAUACUUACAGAGACCGGAUCAGCAUGUACGUUUCUCUACAGAAUGGUGGAGGCUAUAUCUCUUAUCCAUGGCAGUAUGAAUUCGCUGCAAGUGGUACGUUCCGACAGAACCAUUUGCUUGCCAUGGAAAUGGUAGCAGCAAUGCAAGAUGAAUAUCAUCUGGAUACAGCAUCAGUAGCUUACGGAGAUAGAGCGUCUGGUACGAGUUCAGAUUAUGCCAGAACUAAUGAUGUGCUAUAUGCUUUUAAUAUUGAUAUUAUACGACGAGGAACUGAUGGAGUUAUUGUGCCAGAAAAUGAAAUAGUAGACAUUGUCGAAGAUGUUUGGCGAGCUGUGUCUGUCGCAGCUGAUAAUUUGAUAAACUAGAACUAAAAAAAAUGGUUGAAAUGAAGUUGUUUCAUUCUUUUAUCGUUUUACUGCGGAUGGUUCAGAUGGUGUAUUUAAUUCAUUAUUUAGGCAUAGGUAGUUGAAAACAAUAUGUCGAUAAAAUAAAUCACGCAAAAGUACGUCUAAAAAAAGAUUAAAAUCUUAUGCAUCAGUUGUGUCAUAGUACUUUAUGCAACAAUGAUAUAUCUUUUUUCCAACACUCGGCCAAGUUUCGUUUUGUAACUUCAACCCUUGAAUUUUAAAAACUAAUUAUGUUCUCAUUCUGUUGCAUACAUUACUUUUUCUCCGACAACGGAAAACACAAAAAACUCGAGAGCAAUGAAAUGGGUUACUGUGUCCAUCAAAAUCUAAAUAUCUUAUUUAUUUUUCUGCAGAUAGCAUCGAAGUGUCUACC